AUGAGUGAUAACUUUGCAACCAAGGAGGAACAACUUGCAGUGUUUAAUCGUCUUAAACAACACCCUGAGAACAACGUGUGUUUCGAUUGUUCCAACCGUAAUCCUACAUGGACUUCUAUUCCUUUCGGAAUCAUGUUAUGUUUGGAAUGUUCCGCAGUUCACAGAAACUUGGGUGUUCAUAUAACCUUUGUUAAAUCAUCAAAUUUGGACUCAUGGCAAAGAAUCCAAUUAAGAAACUUCAAGUUUGGAGGAAAUCACGUCGCCAAAGAGUUUUUCAGGAAAAAUGGUGGUAGUCAAUUAUUGACUGGUGAUGCUCAAGCUAAGUACACUUCAAAUAUCGCCAAAAAGUAUAAGGAAAAGUUGAAACAAAAGGCUGCUGAUGAUGCUGUUAAACAUCCAGAUGUAGUAGUGUUAGAUGAUGCUAGUGAUGAGUUGGAUGAAUCAGCUUCAGGAGAAUCAGAUUUUUUCAGUAAUUGGUCUAAACCUGUCACCAACACUCCAUCACCUUUAGCAUCUACCGAUGAUUUGAAUGCAAAAUCAACUGUGAAAAAACCUGUAGGUAGAUCAAGAAUAAGUAGAUUGAAUCAAACCACUCAAGGUAAGAAAACAUCUAUAUUAAACAACAAAGCUCCAGCUGCUAGAAUUAGAGCUAAAAAAGUUGAAAAGGAAGAUAUUGAUUUUGAUGAAUUGGAAAAGAAAGCCAAAGCUGAAGAAGAAGAAGCUAAAAAAUUAGGUUAUAAACCUGAGCCUAUUGAACAACCUAAAAAGAUUGAGAAAGAAUCGAUAUCCACAAAUUCAUCAUCUUUAAGUUUAGGAUCUUCCAAUGGAUUAGGUAAAGAAAAAUUAGCUCCAGCACCUAUCAAAGAAACCACUCAACAAUUCCAAAGAUUAGGUUUUGGAAUGGUCGAUGGUGGUAAUAACAUCACUAACAACAACGCCAAAAAAUAUAAGGAAGUCAAAUAUACUGGUGAAGUUAGUAAUAAAUUUGGUACUCAAAAAGGGAUCUCAUCGGAUGAAUUCUUCGGUAGAGGACCAAGAUUCGAUGAAAGUGCUAAAAUGGAAGCUCAACAGAAGUUACAAGCUUUUGACGGAGCCCAAUCUAUUAGUUCGUCAUCAUAUUUUGGUGAAGAAGAUCAAAGACCAAGAUCUAGUAGUGGUGGAUUUAAUAAUUUGGAGGAUAGUGCACGUGAUUUUGCCUCAAAAUUUUCAGGUAAUGCUAAUCAAGAUUUGGAAGUAUUGAAAGAUGCUUUGGAAGAUGGUGCUAAUAAAGUAGGUAAUUUCUUAAGAGAUUUCUUAAGAUGA